AUGCGCAUGAGGAGAUGGGCGAAGGAAAGUUGGAACCCUAACAAAGACAAAAAGGACGUCUACACCCACAGGACGUGGAAAACCGACGAGCUCAAACUCACAGGUCCUACUCGUGCUGUUGUGGCUGAUUUCGACCCAGGGAGCUUUGAGGUUGUGCUCAAAGUUAAGGGCGCAACUGAAUCUGCUGAUAAAGGCCUAAGUUUUCUAGUUCUGCCGUUAGAAGAACGUUAUCAAUAUUGUAGGUAUUAUACUAGUAGACAUAGCACACUGGAGUUGACACUUCGCCACGUUGAUCGUUCUGUGGAGGCGACAAUCAGUCUGCGAAUCGCUGCUGGUUCAUCAUGGCCACGCGGUAUCGAGGGUGUAUUUACCGCCAGUAUUGCCAGUAUAGAUGAUGCUGAAGUUUCCUUGCUUUCUUUUGAAGAUGAUAGAUUGCCAGUUAAUGCCGAUGAUGGCAUCAUCAAGCUGACACGACGCGUUGUCUCCGUUGAACGCGAGCAUGGAGAGCUGAAAGUUUCUGCCACAACAUGGUGUGCAAAUGAUGAGCAAUAUGCUAUGACAAAUGACAUAGUUUUCACAUCUAGGUUCGUGGGUAGAAGUUGUGGUGUGCUAAACAUUGGCACAUGUAAGAUCCAAAUCACUGUGGCCUGGUCCCUUUUUGACUCAUAA